UCGAAAAAUCACCGCACGAGGGAACUCGAAGUUUCUUUCUCCUUUUUUUUUUUUCUUUUUUUAAAUAAUCACAGAUGCAAAUUUGUGUUUACACUCGCUUGUCGGUCUCACUAUUGAGACUUGCCGGUUAUCUAUCCAGACACUCUUCCAUGUUUACACUUCUUUGUACCACUUCAGUUUCCGAUGCCAGUGCUGUCAAUAUGUUAACACCGGUAAACUUAAAUUUAGCUUAUCAAAUAGCAUCCGUGAGAUAAGUUUUCCUACUAAAGAUAACAAUAUUCUGAAUGAUGGCUAUACCUCAGAAUAAUACUCCUCCUAGUCUAGGCUUAAACGUGUCAAACUUAGUGAGAUACUUUACGACUAUUCCCUCCUUCGAGGAAGAUCAUGAUAAUUUGACAUCCUAUGUUUUCGAUUUAGGACCGAAAAGAGAUUCUCUGACAUCGGUCAUUCCUAUCACAGUCAUAUAUAUCCUUAUACUUUUCACAGGACUUGUAGGAAAUAUCUGUACUUGCGUCGUCAUCAUACGGAACAAGCAUAUGCGCACGGCCACCAACUAUUAUUUAUUUAGCUUAGCCAUAUCGGACUUGCUUCUGCUGGUGAUGGGCCUGCCCCAAGAACUGUAUCUUUUAUGGAAUAAGUAUCCGUAUGUAUUUGGAGAAGCUUUCUGUAUCAUUCGAGGGUUCACCUCGGAAAUGUCAACAAAUGCUUCAAUUCUCACUAUAACUUCAUUUACUAUGGAAAGAUACUUAGCCAUAUGUCAUCCGCUGAAGACACACACAAUGUCCAAACUCUCCAGAGCAGUGUAUGUUAUUGUUGCGGUUUGGAUCAUCGGAGGUGUGUCUGCAAUACCCAUGGCUAUACAGUUUGGAAUUGUCAUCAAAGAUUUUAGAGGACAAUUGAUAUACGAUACCGCUGAAUGUACAGUAAAAAAUCCAGUGCAACAUGCUUUUGUGUCAUCAACCUUCGUAUUCUUUAUUAUACCAAUGAUCGUAAUUUCGCUGUUGUACGCCUGGAUAGGAAUCCAACUCAGAGCAUCUGACAGCGCCAUCCAAAUUCCUUCUGAAACUGUCAUCGAACAAACUGAGACCCUGAAGGGUAAUGGGAAAUAUUUUUCAUUGAAAAAGAUGCAUGUAAUGAAACUCUUGAAUCGACAGUCAACAAGAAGCAUACGAGGAACAGGAACUAAUUCCCGAAAGGCUGUCAUCAAAAUGCUGUUUGCAGUUGUAGUAGCCUUCUUCAUCUGCUGGGCUCCAUUUCAUGCUCAAAGAUUAAUGGCCAUUUAUGUUCACCAACAAACACCCACUGCAGUUAUGAUCUAUACAAUACUGACUUAUAUAUCUGGAGUGACAUAUUACGUUAGUGCCACCAUUAAUCCAAUACUGUACAGCAUUAUGUCAAAUAAAUUUCGACAGGCUUUCAAAGACACUCUAGCUCACUGUUGUAGGAAGAAUGUUUAUUAUGACAGGUCUUCAUCCAGAUAUAGUUCUUAUCGGCCAAGUCGCUACAGUGCAACUCGUUCAACCCAGAGUUCAUUUUACAAUAGUAAUUCAUCAUUCAAAAAGAGAAAACCUGAAAAUAAAAACAUCACAUGAUUCUAGUUUCAAAACCAAAGCUACUACUAAAGUCAUACCUAAUGACAUUAUUCUCAAGAAUGGAAAUCAAUGAUAUUAUUAUAUAUAGCUGAGUAAGAAGAUGGAAUAUGGAACAGAUGGGGGCUGAUUCCAGCCAUAUUGAAGAAUAUAGUAUAUAUGUCAAUCUCAUCACCUAACUGUACCAUAACAUUAUAAAAUCAUGAACUUCAUAUGGCCAUUUCAAAUAGCUAGCAAUGGUUCUUUAUACUUACUCAUGGUAUGAAUGUAGGGAUGAUCAUUUGUUAUCAUGUUAUAUUGUGGACUUUUUCAGUGGAAGUUCAUAUGAACCAACUAUUUUGAAAAAUUAUUUUCCAUAAAUAAAUUUUUUUAAAUGUUUA